GUGGAGAAAGGAUGUUCCUUCCAAAUACGGUCCUACUUCUCACUCAUGCAACAUUUGUAUCAGGUAACCUCAAUCUGGCCUUAGGCAAACCAACUAAAUCUUCAACCUUCAUCAAUAACAAAGGCAGAGCAGUAGAUGGCAACAGAGAAGCAGUCUUUUCAAGGAGCUCGUGUUGGGAGAGCCAAGACGGGGACAUGCAGCCAUACUGGAUGGUUGACCUUCAAAGUGACUUCUUAUUGGAAUACGUUACCAUAACGAACCGAGUGGAUUGUUGUGGUGAACGAAUGCAUGACCUCAAGAUUGAGGUCUUCGCGGAUGACCCCGUGCUGCACCCAUCGACCCCAUCAUACCUGUGUGCGAUGUAUGAUGGGCCAAUGCCUGUUGGUGCAACAGAAAAUAUCUCAUGUUCUUGUGCUGCUCAAGGGCGUUAUAUCAGAAUCCGGGGUCUGGACAGACAGCACCAAAGCGAUCUACUAACACUGUGUGAAGUUGAAGUGUUUGAGAGAACAUCUACACGGUGUUUCAGCACCGAACUUCAGCGCGUGGUGGGAACCAGGUAUGUCGGGGAUGUAAUCCAAGUUGAUGCCGCAUCUGCAGCUGAUUGCAGCGCCCACUGCAUCUACAACAGAACCUGCAUCGGCUUCAACUAUAACUACAACACUCAUGGUUGCGAGCUGAGAGUUGGAUCCGCCGAAGCAUCAAGUGCUAAUGGGUGGUUCUACUUUUUCCAGCGCCCAUGUCUGUGAGAAAAGGACUGGAAGAUAAACACUAGUUUCCGAAGUGACAUGCAUCCAUCGUUAAACAAUGCUGCCAUACUUCUGGCAAACUUGCGGAUUGUUUUCUGUCGCGUUUUCUAUAUUCCAGACGCUAUCUCACCAUCAGGGCGACAGCAACAAAGCUCUUGUUCGUGAUAAAAGUUCAUUAGUACUGAUUCUUUGGAUAACUGUUUGGAUAACUGAUAUUCUGUUGUUGUUUUUUAUUUUGCACUUUAUUAUAUUAUAUAUUUGGCAAUUGUGUUGUCGUCUAAACGUAUUUCGUGUUUCAGACAGUUUAAAGAUGAGGUUGAAGCUGCUCGAAUAGUGUUCGACCGAUAGAGAAAAAUGACUAUUGGAAAGUUGGAGUCAUCCCUCUUGUCAUACAGCCAUAUGGAUUGCUUUAUUGUCACUGUGAACUGUGCUCGCUGAAAUACCAUUAAAACACACCGGAUAGUUUGUUGUCACUCUUGAAUCUUUAUGCAUAGAUCUAAAUAUGAUAUAGACGAGGCGAUUUCAAUACUCAUUUUGUAUUUCGAGUUCUUGUGGAUAAAUCAGUUUAUCAUAUAAUGGGUAGGUUUCUGGGCUGGAUAAAGCCAACCGAUAAAAAACGAUAUCCGUUGGUGUCAUAUGCGGAUAGAGAUGCAAAUAUCAAAGGUCAAG